AUGUAUCUGAAACUAUACCUACAAAUUGCCUGUUUCCUUAUUCCAGUGCCUGAAAGCGUCUCCCAACAGAAUACUUAUCAUGGAGAAUUUCAUUUCAAAGUUUUUGGAAAGCUCUCUAAAAAUGAAUCUCAGACUGUAUUCUCGGCAGAAGGAACAACAUUUGCGAGAACUUUGGAAAAAUGUAGCCAGUUUUGUGUCGGUGAUCAGAGGUGUAUAGGAAUAGAAUUAUGUCAGAUCAGAAAUGACUUGUUCCAAUGUCGAGUUUGCUGUGAAUGGAAGAAAAUAUAUUCCAAUUACUACGACGACCAACCUAAUUGUAAAUAUUUAGAGAUCGUGAUGGCAUUAGCAGCCCAUUUAAGCACUGUUUUCGGCAAACGAAAUGCAUCAUUUGCAGUAGAUGGUGUGACAAAAUGCAGUGUAAAUGAAUUGCCUCACACCAUGGCUGGAACCAAUCCAUGGAUAAGAAUUGAUCUGGCCUAUACAACCAUUGUAACAAAAGUUAUAGUAUACAACAGGAUAGAUUGUUGUGGAGAGCGAUUACACGAUGUUUCUGUGAAUGUCAACGAACCAGAAAGUGCGCGAAAUUUUCCUUGUGGCUUCUAUCCUGGACCAGCCAUUAACGGAGAUCGCAUCCUGUUUCUGUGUGAGAAUGGUGCUAAGGGUGAAAGUGUUACAAUUAUCAUAAAUUCUAAGAAUGGACAGGAGAGUGUUCUCCAUGUGUGUGAAGUAGAGGUUUUCGGAAAACGUUAACACUGCUUCAAACACAUGGUGACAUUAAAACACCAAGAUUUCUUAACACAAUUAACACUGAU